AUGUCUGAUCAAGUACAACCAAGCGAAAGUAAACUUUGGGGUGGAAGAUUCACCGGAGCAACUGACCCAUUGAUGGAUUUAUACAAUGCCAGUUUGCCCUAUGAUAAAAUCAUGUACGAUGCUGAUCUCACGGGAACUAAGGUGUACACUCAGGGUCUCAACAAGUUAGGAUUGAUCACCAGCGAUGAAUUGGCAAAAAUUCAUGAAGGGUUAGAGGUGAUUCGUAGCGAAUGGAAGGAGAACAAAUUUGUUGAAAAACCAGGAGAUGAAGAUAUUCACACAGCCAACGAGAGAAGAUUGGGUGAAAUUAUUGGUAAAAACAUUGCUGGUAAGGUGCACACCGGGAGGUCUAGAAACGAUCAAGUUGCGACUGACAUGAGAAUAUUUGUGCGUGAGUCCUUGAAGGAUUUGAGCUUGAAGUUGAAAGUAUUUAUUGAAACUAUUUUGACUAGAUCUGAGAAUGAGAUUGAUGUUUUGAUGCCAGGAUACACCCACUUGCAAAGAGCUCAGCCUAUUAGGUGGGCACACUGGUUGAGUUCAUAUGCUACCUAUUUCACCGAGGAUUACAAGAGAUUGCAACAAAUUAUCGAACGUGUCAAUCAAUCACCAUUGGGCUCUGGUGCGUUGGCUGGACAUCCAUACGGCAUUGAUCGCUCCUUUUUAGCCAAAGGACUAGGCUUUGAUGGUGUCAUUGGAAACUCGUUGACAGCUGUGAGUGACCGUGAUUUUGUUGUUGAGACAUUGUUUUGGGGAACAUUAUUCAUGAACCAUAUUUCACGUUUUGCUGAGGAUUUGAUUAUUUACUCUAGUGCUGAGUUUGGAUUCAUUAAAUUAGCAGAUGCUUACUCUACCGGGUCUUCGUUGAUGCCACAGAAGAAGAAUCCAGAUUCGUUGGAAUUAUUGCGUGGUAAAAGCGGAAGAAUUUUUGGCGAAUUAUCAGGAUUCUUGAUGUCAAUAAAGUCGAUUCCAUCCACGUACAAUAAAGACAUGCAAGAAGAUAAAGAACCAUUGUUUGACGCAUUAACUACUGUCGAACACUCGAUCUUGAUUGCCACCGGUGUCAUCAGUACUUUGAAAAUUAACAAGUCCAAUAUGGAAGGUGCUUUGACUAUGGACAUGUUGGCUACCGAUUUAGCUGACUAUUUGGUGAGGAAAGGCGUUCCAUUUAGAGAAACCCACCAUAUAUCCGGUGAAUGUGUUAGAAAGGCCGAAGAUGAAAAUUUGUCAGGCAUCGAUCAGUUGACAUUUGAACAAUUGAAGGAGAUCGACGACAGGUUUGACAAGGAUGUGAUGGACACUUUUGAUUUCGAAGUCAGUGUUGAGAGAAGAGAUGCUAUUGGAGGUACUGCAAAGUCGGCUGUAUUGGCACAGUUGAAAAAUUUGAAGGCUCAAUUAAGCUGA